AUGGGCUCCCCUCGUUAUUCAGAGCUGGGACUAUCAUUAGGCAUCCUCGAGGAGGACUUACGCUGGUACUGGAAGUUAUUAGCAAGUAUCUCGGCAUGGCUACUUCUGGCUGGUUUCGUCGUCUUCCCUCUUGCGAUGGACCAUAAUGCAAAAAAUAUGCGUGGUGGCACUUUUCCCUUGACUGCUGCUGCCACCGUCCUAAUUUUUGUUGGUUACCUGACGGUAAUGUUUUUGCUUUGCGAUCCGCGAACUUUGGGAUGCAAAGAUGGGAACCUUUCGUCACAAACCUUGGUACUAACUGAGAUCCGAACCCCUCACCAGACCAUGCUUCGGGUCGAGCCUAAUAGACGGUUAACACCGCUUACUAGCCUUUCUAUCGCUGCCGUUAUUAUUUCCACCGUUUCCGCAGCGGCAUUUGGAAUUGCGGCCAUCUACAACUCUCACAACGUCGUCUUUAUACCACGACGUUUUGGCUUCCGGCGGGGGCACAAAGGAGAACCUUCAGUCGAUGACGCAGAGCUGCAACGGAGACAGCUUCUACGGCUUUAUUUCCAGCAAGAUGCUGACCGGGCGCCUAGCCCUGACGUAUCUCAGAGCACAUUCCGCAUCGAUCUACCAGAUCCAGGGGUUGAUGGAUACGAAGAACUAACGCUCAAACCCCACCGACAGACAUACCCGCACGGUCUACCACCUUCUCCCCCACCUGGGUAUGAUCCGGGGAGGGUAUUUAACAGAUCAUCAACUCCUACAAAAAGCAUUCGAAAAGGUUCCCUUCCCGGAAUGCCGCGCUCUAAAACACACGGAGCGCGAGAGAUGAGGAUGAGCAUUGUUGAGCUGGGCGACCUUUAA